AUGUCUGCGAGCGAUCUGCAGGUUCAGAACGAUCUCGGAGCUACGAUUGAAAUCCUGCUCGACGACAGCCUGCAUGUGGUGUAUCCAGACAGGACCCUGCAAAAAAGUGCGAGAGAGAUCGGAGCCAUCCUGUCCGUCACUGCCCGUCUCCGCGAUGAUCCUAAGAUCUGCGGGACCUGUACCGUCGCCUUGCCAGGAGCCGGACUCUUGUCGGCGUCGGAGAUCUUCGGCCCCUUUGGUGACCAGGCGAAGGCUUGGCUUCGGCAGGACCAGGAAGAGGUUCGCGGCGAGACCCGGCGGCGAGAGAAGCGGUUGGCAUCAGCGGAGCAGGCUAGAAUCAAGGCAAUAGCCGAGCUGGAAUGUGGUCGUCGCUGCCUUUUUGGUUUCUUCCUGGCUUGGAUCAGUGUGGGGCUCGCCGCCGGUAUGGCCUUGGGAAUAUUUGCAAUCGUUGACAGCUUGAUGUCCCUGGGCUCUGAUGCGACGCCCUUAUAUACCUCGCAUCCUUAUAUCCUCGUCUUGGCCACACCAACUUUUUCUUGUUUCAUGAUGAGCAUCGGAUAUGUUGCAUCACGAUUCGUUACGUUAUCGCUGUCCGUUGAAGCGGGUUUGCUGGUGUAUACAGUAGCCAUGAUCUGCGUUACGACGAUUCUCUGCGGCAUGUGGUUGCAAUUUGGUGUGGGCGCCCUAUGGCUGGAACUUUCGAUUUGCAGCAUACUCUUCGCCCCAGUUGCUGUCCUUGGCUUUGGGAAUCUAUAUCGCAUGUGCUGCCAGAAGGAAGGCUUCAAAGCCGAAGUCAGAGCCGAGUACCUUGAUGAGGUUACCAUGGCUGAGCAGAGAGCAAAGGAGGCAACGAUCCAGUUUGUAGGUCGUGUGCUACCCGGCCGGGGAAGGCCAUGUGUCUGCUCGUGGCCCGGGAAGUAUGUAUCUGCUUGGGAUGAGCUGGUAAAGCGUGGCAGGGAUGGACAAACCAGCGCGGCCGUCGUGUUUCUCCCAGAGCAAACUCCGUCGUAUGGCCUUCACGACCCGAUUCCGGAGAGUGAGGACAAGCUUCAGGGCGAAUGUUGGUGCACCCUGCUCUACGGCAAAGAGCAACCCUGGGGGUGCCGAUGGUGGUCGCAGUGGAUCGCCAACAUCGAGGUGGCCGUAAAGGAAGAGGCCGAUCUUCAGGUGUACUUCUUCCAGCAUCAUCGUGGGCAAGGCAAAGUGAAAGGCUUCGACAGGGCUGGCCAGGAGUACCAGCGCCGCGAUGAGAUUCAAGCGCGGAGGGUGGACUUCAGGGCGACCAUGGGUUUCGAAGCUGCCCUGGCUGCGGGUCUCGACGGCUUGCCAAAGGAGGUUCGUGCAGAUGGUUCCUCUGCUUAUAGCCGCGAAGUGGAUCGGCUAUUUCUCGCUUGGCUUCCGGCCGAGGAUGCGGAGUUUCUGCGAGCUUCCGAGGGGCUGGGCAACUCGCAGAAAGCCGAAGUUGCAUGGCUGGAUCUCAAGGGCUACCGGUACACCGAAGUCGAGGUGGAAGCCUCUGAGUGGUUAGCUGUGGAGGAUGCAUCCACUACGCCGUCGCCCUCGCCCAAGGCGGAGGGAAGACGCGUGGCGCCCGCGCCAGACGCGCAUGGCGAUCCCUGA